GAGGCGGCGCUGAGCCUAGAAGGAAGAGGCAGCUACCGCGGUGGCGGCGGCGGCGGCUCGGGCGGCAGCGCAUAAAGGGGCCGCCGCCGGGUGAUGCGGUGACCCCUGCGGCAGGCUCAGGAGCCGAGUGGGCCACGGCCCCAAGUCCGUCCCGCCGGACCCGCGCUCCGGAACUCCCCAUAUUCUCCGGCCGACCCGCGAUCACCGAGGCGGCCUCGCGCCCCCUCGCCCCUUCCCCGUCCCUCCCCUGCCCCUGUUCCCGCCCCGGGGGCCGCCUCCACCCGCCUCCCACGAUGGCUCUGAAGAGAAUCCACAAGGAAUUGAACGACCUGGCGCGGGACCCCCCAGCACAGUGUUCAGCAGGUCCCGUUGGAGAUGAUAUGUUCCAUUGGCAAGCUACAAUAAUGGGGCCAAAUGACAGUCCCUAUCAGGGUGGAGUAUUUUUCUUGACAAUUCAUUUCCCAACAGAUUACCCCUUCAAACCACCUAAGGUUGCGUUUACAACAAGAAUUUAUCAUCCAAAUAUUAACAGUAAUGGCAGCAUUUGUCUUGAUAUUCUACGGUCACAGUGGUCUCCAGCACUAACUAUUUCAAAAGUACUUUUGUCCAUCUGUUCUCUGUUGUGUGAUCCCAAUCCAGAUGAUCCUUUAGUGCCUGAGAUUGCUCGGAUCUACAAAACAGAUAGAGAAAAGUACAACAGAAUAGCUCGGGAAUGGACUCAGAAGUAUGCGAUGUAAUUAAAGAAAUUAUUGGAUAACCUCUACAAAUAAAGAUAGGGGAACUCUGAAAGAGAAAGUCCUUUUGAUUUCCAUUUGACUGCUUUCUAUGAGCCCACGCCUCAUCUUCCCCUGUGCACAUGUUUACCUGAUACAGCAGUGCUGCGUGUUGUACAUACUUGGAACAACAAACUAGAAAUACUGUACUUCUGUACCAACAUUGCCUCCUAGCAGAGAAGUGUGUGUGUGACAAGCCAGUUCUCCAGGCAUAACCUAGGUGUGAGACUAAAAGCUUUCCUUAUUGACUUAAAUUUGGAUAACGGCAGAGUGAGGGGUGGUGGGUAUGGUGUGUGCUUGGAUGGGGAAGAAAAGCUCCACUGACCUGUAGGAGAUUGUUUUUUAAGUGAAAUCCCAUUAAACUCAAAACAGUUAUGAAAAGCAAGGCGAAGAACAUGAAGCUGUUUCUGUAUUCAUUUUAUUCCGAAGGACUUAACGUCUUAGGUGAAAGUUAUGACCAAUCAGAUUAAACUCUACCUACAUCCUGUAUUUUAAGGUCUAAGUUUAACUGGUCAACAUUUAAAUGGAUUGGAGCUAUUAGUAAAGUGUGAUGGGCUUUGUUUCCAACUCUUUUACAUCUCCCCACCCUUCAACCUUCGUCCUUCAGCCCCUCCUUCUCUCUUCCAUAUUCUUUGGUUUGUAUGUGGUUUCUCAGUUAAUACAUAGCUAAUAGCUCUUAUUUUUCUUAUGUUUUUAACUGCUUAGGUCUAUCUGGAUGUAAGGGUGAAAAUUCAUUCGAUGGAAAUACUUGUGUAUAUUUAAAGACCCAAUUGCUCCUCUGGAGCCUGUACGUUCAAGAAUGAUUAAUCUGUGUAAUAAACUGAUUACUACAGUCAUUACAUAUAAUUUUGUGUGAAUAGGCUUUCUGAUUUUAAGAAUUUUGUCUAGCUGAGAUUAGUGGUGGAUUUUUUCC